UGCUUUGAUGCAAACAUUCACCUGAACUGAACACGCUCUACUUCCUCCAUCCUGUUCUACUUCACUCUGACAUACAAUGCACAUUAUUACACAUAAAACUAUGAACAUUAUCACUCGCUAAAAUCCACGAGUUGAAAUAAGAAGUUAAUAUCACACAUGAUUGGAACAGUAAACGGAGGAGGGCUGAGGGCAUCGCGAGGAAGUGACGACAGGAACUAGAUGCUGCGUCCAUGUUGAAGGAGCAGCGGACGCUUUGAGGGCUGAGAGCGAGAGAGAGAAGCACGAUGGCUGAACUCAGGUGGAUUAUGACGUCUUCGUUGGUGAUGCUGCAGGUGUUGAGCUGUACAGUAACAUCUGUAGAAACUUCAUCCGUCACUGUCAGAGAUGAAGAUGAAGUCACGUUUCCUUGUGAGAGUGAGAUUCAUGAUCAGAAGAAGUGUAACAGUACUACGUGGCUCUUUAGUAGUUCAAACAGUACAGUAGCACUGUUUGAACUUGGGAAGUUUAAAGAAGGAGCCAACAACAGAUCAGACAGACUGAGUGUUACAGAGGAAUGUUCUCUGGUUAUAAAGAAGGUCAAAGAUCAGGAUGCUGGUCAAUACACCUGCAGACAGUUUCAAUCAGGAGAAGGACCACCAGUAGGGGAAGUCGUUUAUCAGCUAUCUGUUGUUGACGCCUGGUGGUGGUCCCUGGUCUACGUCUCUGUGGGGGGUGCAGCUCUCGUGGCGAUCACACUGGGAGUCGUCGCAUGGAGGAGAACUAAAGGGAACAAAACAAAGACGGAUGACGACGCGGACGACCCUGAAGGAGGCGUGGCCUACGCCUCCGUCAGCUUCACCAAGAACACCGCCGGCAGAGCCCAGGCCGGCCUUCAUCCCGAUGAUGAGGAGGAAGGUGGCGCAGUGACCUACACCACCCUGAAGCCCCCCCGUCCCUCCGCUGCAGCUGACCCCGCCGCCCUCUACGCCACCGUCACCAAACCAGCCAGAUAAGAGGUCACAUGACUGUUUGUAGCCCGAUGGAGACGUUUAGGAUCAGCGCAGGCUGCGUCAUGAAGACGUGUGGACGUUUGCUGUGAUGCAUUAUGGGAGUUCGGGAAAGCAGACGCUUAGAGACACGUGCAUCCGUUAUACUGCGUCCCUGCAUGCACACGAUGACGGCUUCAGGGCUUCUUGUCAUUUAUUUUGUCACCAUUUAAGUGAAUGUUGCUGUUUUAGUUUGCUGAAUGUGAUUGUGUCGUGUUUUACUGAGUAAAGUUUUCAGCUUACUGGAAUGAAAAUGAACUUUGAGCUUUAUGCUUUAUUCUUU